AUGACAAAUAAUAAUGUGACAUGCUUGCAUACGUCUAAUACAAUUGCUUUAUGGACAAUAAUUUUGCUAGUUGUACCAAACAUUUUGAAUUGUAUUUCAAUUUUAUUAUUAAUAUUGAUUUCAUCGCAUGUGAAACGUUUCAAGAAUAUUACGGAAGAAAUUGCCAGCAACACAAAUUGGUUAGCACGAACAGCGCGACGUGCUAGUUUUGGACCAACGGCAAAAUUAGCACUUCUAAAUUAUGCCACAUACAUUCCGGAGAUAAAACAGAAUAUGCAAAUUAUUUCAUUACCUUCAGUUCAACAUCAUGCAUUUCAAGCAGCUAUGGAUUCGUCAACUAUCAGAGUUGACGGAUUGCAAAUGCUCGAUGAAACAUUCUCUCAGCGAACACAAUUGCGACAAUUUGAAUUAGUGGUGGAGAAGAAAAGUAUUUUUGUAAAUGCUCAUUAUCUAGCAGAAUUAUCACCUUACUUUAAAGUGUUAUGCUUUGAUGAUACAUUUCGAGAAGCGCAGAAUGGUCGAGCUGAGAUAGAAGAUGAAGCAUAUGAUGAAGUUAUUGAAUUACUUCGUUUCAUAUGUCCAAAUAGUGAUUAUGUUAUCAAUAGAAACGUUACAGAAAACAAUUUUUCUAUGCUUACUCAUUUCUCAAAUUUGAUGCAAUUACGAGAUUUACGACGUCAACUUGAAGGUUAUGUUGAAAACGAAGUUCGUAUGGAGAAUUAUAGGCCAAGAGAUGAGAAUUUAGUAGAAAUGAUCACUGAGGCAAUGAAUGCUUCUUUUUCACCAAGUCUUAUGGACAUUAUGUAUCAAAAAUUAGCUCGAAUUGAUUUGAAUCAUAUUAAAGCUCUUAUUAAAAAUCUCCCAGAUCGAUAUGCACAUGCAAUAUUAGAAGGUGCUCAAAAAUUUUUUCGUCUUUAUCCUAUGCAAUUGCCAUAUCGAUCAUCGUACAGUUAUGAUCAAUUUCAGCAGGGAAUCUUUUAG